AUGCACAGCCUCACUUUACUGACAAAAAACUGGGUGGACAAAAUGUACUCGCCUUUGCGAUCUGUACUUCCUGAGGUUACCGAAACGCUGUUAACCAUGAGCAAUUAUCCCGUGGAGAGUACGCGCGCUCUUCUUGCACAAAUCCUCUCCCUCGCGAAGUUCGCUUUUCUCGGCAUCGUCGUCGCAAACAUUCAAAUCCACACAAUGCUCGGCAUGGAACAUCCGCCCCAGUUUCUCGUCUGGGCGUGGGAAAACAAAGGAUAUGCCUGUAUGAUGGCUUUUUUCAUCGGAAAUGCGAUUGAAAAUGGGCUCACCUCGACAGGAGCGUUUGAAAUUUAUCUCUCAGGGGAUAAGAUGUGGUCCAAAUUAGAGUCAGGAAGGAUACCUUCGCAGCACGAGUUUAUGAAAAUGAUUAACGACAAUAUGAUGCUCGAGGCAGGAACCUUUGAUCAGAACCAAUUCUAA